CGUCAGUCAUUUAUAACCCACCUGCGAUGCCAUUACAUCGCUAACGGUCAGCUCGCGACUAGGAAGUAGUGAGAGUUGUACAACGAAAAUGUGUGAUUAACAGCCGGUACAAUUUGUUAAUACGCGCACGUAUCAACCGUAUCAGUUCAGGAAAUAUCAUGUGAAAAAAUCCGUCGGGUUUUGUAAACGUUGUCCUGAGUAUUUCAUUGUGCGUUCGCGAUACUCAUUCACGUGCGUUUAUUCACGCAUAUUUAAUACCUCUGCUGUGCCGCAUCUUUAAUUGUAGCGGUUCGGCUUCGGUUCUCUCACUGUCUUUAAGGAACAUUGGGCUUCUAGCGCGAAACAUCAUGCAUUCGGGACAGAAAACGAAAUGCAUGAGUGAUGUAGCUGAAGAUUUAGGUAGAUGCGGGAAGAGUGACAGAUCUGGCUGCGCCGACUCACUGCUGGUGACCGAAGAGAGACACCUGAGAGCGGCUAGUCCACGCGGCGCAAACGGGGAUGAAGACUCGGAAGCGGAGUCCCAUCAGGACGGGCGUACCGUGGAUGUGGACCCGGAUACAAGGAGGAGGGCGUUCAGCUGGUGCCGUGACUUUCUGUCCGGGUCAUGGAGGACUAUAUCAGAACAUGACUUUGAAAUCACAAUAGUCAGUGGAGGCCUCAGUAACCUGCUGUACAUGUGUAGUUUGCCCGACAAUGUUCAACCCACCGGGGUCGAACCUCGAAGAGUUCUGCUCCGGAUCUAUGGUGCCAUUCUUCAGGGAGUAGAUUCUCUUGUUUUGGAAAGUGUGAUGUUUGCCAUUUUAGCAGAGAGACAGUUGGGCCCGCGUCUCUAUGGCAUUUUCCCAGAGGGUCGUCUGGAGCAGUACUUGCCCAGUGAGCGCUUGCGUACAGAGCAGUUGGGGUAUCCAGAAAUCUCUGCUGAAAUAGCCAGUAAGAUGGCACGUUUCCACGCCAUGGAGAUGCCAUUCAACAAAGAACCCAAAUGGUUGUUUGAAAACAUUGAUCGGUACAUGAAGCAAGUUAUGAUGAUAACAUUUGUGCGAGAAGCUCACAUCAAAAAAUUCAAAAAACUGAUGAAGUAUGAUCUUCCUGCAGAACUGGAAAGUCUGAGGUCACUGCUGGCUGCAACUCCCUCUCCAGUUGUGUUUUGCCAUAAUGAUGUCCAGGAAGGAAAUAUCCUCAUGUUGGAUGGCAGGGAAAAUUCAUCUGACAAACUAAUGCUCAUAGACUUUGAAUACAGCAGCUAUAACUACAGAGGCUUUGACUUCGGGAAUCAUUUCUGUGAAUGGAUAUAUGACUACACAUAUGAUCAAUGGCCCUUCUAUAAGGCAAAAGUGGAAAAUUACCCCAACAGACAACAGCAAUUGCAUUUUAUCAGACACUAUCUGUCAGAGCGAGGGGGCGCUGUACAUGAAGACCAAGCCAGAACAGAAGAGGAGAUGAUAAUCGAGGCAAACCGGUUUGCCCUUGCGUCUCACUUCCACUGGGGUCUGUGGUCCAUUAUCCAAGCCAAGAUCUCCAAAAUCGAGUUUGGAUACAUGGACUAUGCACUGCACAGAUUUGACACAUACUUCAAACAGAAGAAGCUCUUUUCCUGAAUUCUUUCCUGCUCUUAACGUGUAUGCUUGAUAUAAUCUUGUAUCACUCAUUACUGUAUAUUUUGUUUAUUUAAUCAUUCAAGAAAGGGCCCAGUAAAAAAGAUUUAGACUUGUAAAGAACAUAACGGUUAUGUUGGGUGAACAUCAUUCUUAAUUCAUGACAAUAAUAAUAAUAAUAAUAAUAAUAAUAAUAAUAAUAAAAACAGACAAAAAUGGGAAGAUAAAAAAAUAUAAGCAAAAGAAAAAAACAAUUCCUUAUGUAUGUGUUUUGACUGAAUAGUAAAUACAGUUCAUGUCAUACUGCUAAACUGUAAAGAGCAAACCGUCAAAAUAAUUAGUUAAUUUAUUUAUAAUAAUGUAGCUGCAAUUUUGUGUAAAACACAGUCCAAAUGAAGUCUGUAGUCCUGGUUUCACAUGCUGUCAUUUCUUUUUCCUAUCAUAUGAAAAACAGUAUAGUAUCUCUUCCUGUGCUGCUUUGUUUAUAUACUGUGAAGUAUGCAUUGCACAUCUAUUAUUUAAACCAACUUGAGUCCAUCUAUUGAUUAGUUUAAGAAUCUGUGUAAACAAAGAUCACUACUUGGCUUCAUUUUGAUUAUGAAUGGCUAUGUUUAGGUAAUAUUUAGACAUGACCUUUCUCUCUCCUGCCAUAUUCAUUAUAUGCUGCAAUAACUCAUGUCAAAGUAUGGAUCAAUGCCACAAUAUCCAAAAUACAUGUGUAUACAUGUCAUUCACUUCUCAUCACUUUAAGAGCAAAGGUGUUUUAGGAACUACAAUCUUCUUGUAGUUAAUGGUUUAAAUAGUUCAUAUAUUUACAUCUAAUUCUGGAAAAUUGUGCAUCCAACAACCUGGUUUUUCAUAUUUUAAUGUAUGCAAAACAUGUUUUGUCCUUUUGUGCUUCUAUAAACUGCUAAAGUGCUUUUAUUUUUUAAUUGCUGUUUGUUUUAUGCUUAUUUAUAAUUUUGUGUUGUCCAAAGCAAUUCAACUGUCAGUGAAAUUUUAUGCAGUAAACCAAAUGUAUAUUCCACUGCAUUAUGAGUCCCCAAUUGAAAAAUGGCAACACAAAAGCAUGAAGGCAAAUGCAUGCUAGUAUUAUACAAUGAUUUGGUGGGGACGGAUCUUUGGCUCUUCUUAUAGUGGGAGUGUUUGAAUGGUCAAGCUAAUCUGUAAUCUGUAUAUCAUUUUCGCCAUGCUUUUUGGUGUCCCCAUAUGUAGUAGCAUCUCUAAAUUCAGGGGCAAAAGUGAGGGAUCAUUUGUAUAUUGGGCUGGUCUAAUUAAACAUAUGCUCCCAAAUUCCUAAUAUGUAUCCACGUUGAUAUUGAAUCUGUGAUUCUUAAAAUUGAUUUGUGCUGCAGUUGUACUAUUAGAACCAAUGUGUAGAUUUCUACAUCUGAAUCUGUGGCAAAUUUGUGUUAUACUAUAUAACACUAGUAUACUGUUUUUGUUUGUUUGUUUAUUUGUAUUGCCAUCAUCCAUUAAAACUACACAUCCUGA